AGCAUCAUGUUAUAUAACAGAAGACCUAUCUAUCUAUGAUAAUCUCCGAGUAUGGUUUUGGCCCAUAGAAAACCAAAACAAGUAGAUAGGAUUUGUGAUUGUUUCAGUAAAUUUGCGAAAGAUCUGCCCACCAGAUUUUUCUCAUCAUCUUUAGUGUUGCUUGCAUCACUUGCUCUUUGAAGUACACUUGCUAAAACAGUGUGUUCUUUUUCUUAAUUGUUUUUUUCGAUCUCUCUUUUCACAAUUGCACUUGGGUUGAGGGUUUUAGGUUUUGGAUUCUGAAGAGAAGAAACUGCAUAGCUUUCUUACCCCAUUUUCUCUCUCUCUCUCUCUCUCACUGUUUUUUUUUUUUUUUUCCUUCUCAUCCCAUUAGCUUGUCGUCUUAAAAUAGCUAAAAGAGCAAAGGAAAGGACUUUUCUCUGAAAAUUGGUGCUCAGAAGACCUGCCAUGAACAGAAUGUUGAACAGAGAAUCCAGAUAUUUUAAUUAUGAUGAUUGAAGCAGAUGACGAAAGGUGGCGAGGAGGACAGAGAAAGGGAAGAGAUGGGCCCUAAAAAGCCUGCGAUAGAAAUAAGUGACACUGCACCAAAGAGUAAUUUGGUUUCCUCUCUCUCUCUCUCUCUCUCUCUCUUCUCUCCCCUCGUUUUUGCUCUUAUGUGGCUUUUUUUUUCUCUCCAUUUUAAAGUUUAAUGGGUCCAUUUCAUGUAUCUCCCCCCAUCACUGCAGAAGCUUUUUUUGGCUUUUAGGCACUUUGUUUCUUGCUUAUAUAAUGAGUUUUCUGAUAUCAUUGGUGUCCUUUUUUUGCAAGACCCAUUUGUGUUUGUGAGCUUUGAGUCUCGGGCGUGAGAGUCCGAAUUUUGGGGUUAUUGCAGAGAAUGCCACUUUUCUGAUCGUGCAAGUGAAACCCACUUUUCUAUUUAUUUUUCUUAGUGGGUUUUUUUUUUCUUCUGUUUUUUUUUCGGCCUUUCAGAGAAAGUAAAUGCCUGAGUCCCUGUUGGCUUUUUCACCUUGCUCUUUCUCUUUUUCGUUAAAAAAACAAAAGUUAGCACUGUUUUCUGGCUUUUGAUUACAGUCUUUCAUGGAGAAAGAGUAACCAAUGACUUACUGGGAAGUUCAUGUUGAAGUAGCUUGUCAUGGGUUUUCUGAGGAAGCUUAUAUAUAGUGUCAAUCAUCAUACAAACAAACCACUUUGUCUUGCAAGUGUUGAAAGCUAUCUCAUGUCUGCUUUGAGAAAUCCUAUGAAUCUGAAUCAAAAUUCUUCACUUUAUUGCUGGCUGCAAAACUCUAGUUUCCCAGGUUGGGUUUUUCUCUUGGUCGGUGAUAGCUCCUCAGCAAAUGAAUGAAAGGUGGAUGUUACUUGGUAUAUAGAUCAUCAAAAGAACACAGCAUAUCCCCAGCAAGUGAAUUAUUGUAUUUCCUGAGAAGAGUUCCCAGAGGAGUAAAGAAUGAGGUUCUGUAGAUGAAAAAUGGUCUAAUAUAUAAAUUAAGCAUGAGAAGAUUAGAUAAUUUUGAAGCUAAUGCGGUUUUGCCUCUUGCCUUGUGAUUUUAUUGGUUGGUCUGAUAUGAUGGAGAGUCGUUUGUUUAGUGUUCCUAUGGAUAUAACCGGCAGGAAUUCCAUUGCCAUGGAAGGAAUUGGGUCACAGAUAACCCCAAACUCAGUUGUCCAGUUUGAUUCAUUUGACCUCAACAACCAAAACCAGGCCUUGGAGGGAUAUACAGUGCUUCCUAUGUUGCGAGGGGCACCUGUGAAUGGUCUCCAUACAGAUAAUCGGGCUGCAAUUGUCAAUUCAGAGGUAUUAGUUACAUCUCUUGAAAGGAAUAUCAUUAGAGGUGCCGAGUUUCAAGAACAAUUAGUGGGUGGAACUUCAAUAUCUGGUCCUGCGUUUGCUACUCUUGUAGCCUCAAGAAAUGGUUUUCAAGAAAAUCUGACCAACUUACCAAUUUCAGAAUCUUCAAUUUAUCCUUUAGAGGUUUUAAGAACUUAUGUUCCUAAUGACUUCUCUAAUGGUUUAAACUCUUCAUUUGCGUCUUCUGUAGACUAUGGGUGCUGUGAAGUAUUUGGUGAUAUGAAUGCUAAGGAGGAGAUUAACCGAUUUGCCGCUCCUGUAGAGCAUUCUGGAAAAACCCCUAUAAGGACAGGGUUUCAAUCUUAUUCAUCCAUAGGAACUCUGGAACCUAAUAGCUGGAUAUCUACUAAUAGUGUGAAUGUGAGCACAGAUAAUCCUUAUGCUUCCUGUCAUUUUAGUAAUGAGCUAUCUUUAAGUCUGGCUACAUCUCAGCCUUCUGCCAUAAAUGGGUCUCAUGUCCCAGAUCAAUGCUCAGAGAUAACUUGUUCUGGUGUAACACACCACUGCUUGAAAGAAACAAGGUUAUGCUCAGAACGAACUUCUCCAAGCAGUAAGGAGCUUUGUCUGAGUUGUGGUUCUUAUGGGGCUGGUCAAUUCGCACAAGUAAUAUCAGGAUCCAGAUAUCUUCAAGUAAUGCAGGAAAUACUUGCUCAAAUUGCAACUUACUCUCUUGAGAAUCUAGACCAGAUGAGUUUAUCAACCAGUGGGAUCAAGAUUGGGGCAAAUAUACCAUCCUCUUCGCGUUACCCUAUGGAGGGAAGGAUGCAUUUGAUGGGUCCUGAUGAAUCGCCUAAGGUGGAUGGUAGAUUUGGAGUUCAAGUGGAUCCAGCACUGCAGAAACGGGCACUGGAAGCAAAGAAGACUCAAUUGCUGACUCUACUUCAAGUUGUUGAUGACCGAUAUAACCAAUGCUUGGAUGAGAUACACACAGUUGUAUCUGCAUUCCACGCUGCAACUGAAUUGGAUCCUCAAAUACACACACGAUUUGCUCUUCAAGCAAUUUCUUUCUUGUAUAGAAGCCUUAAGGGGAGGAUCAGCACCCAAAUCCUUGCUAUGGGAGCACAUUUUGAUGGUGGACGUGCAAAAGAGGCAGAAGGAUCUCAUGAAACUUCCUAUUUCCAAAAGCAAUGGACACUCCAGCAACUGAAGAAAAAAGAUCAUCAGCUAUGGAGGCACCAGAGAGGCUUGCCGGAGCGAUCUGUCUCAGUGCUGCGUGCAUGGAUGUUUCAGAACUUUCUUCACCCGUACCCUAAAGAUGCCGAGAAGCAUUUGCUCGCAGUCAAGAGUGGACUGACAAGAAACCAGGUUUCCAACUGGUUCAUUAAUGCUCGAGUUCGAUUAUGGAAACCGAUGAUCGAGGAAAUGUGUGCUGAGAUGAACAGGAGGAAAGUUCGGCAAAUUGAAGAUGGAACAAAUAGCAAUCACAGAAACCACAUCAGCAAUCUAAGAUUUAAUGUGAAUUAAAGUUGAAGGUAGAUAUGUAUGGCAAUGGGACAAAGCUUUACAUAUUGUUCAAUGGACGUGAGGAGCAGAAACAUUCAUAAAUUGGAUUCAACUGUAUAUAAUGCUCCAUAAAGUUGGAUAUCACAGCAAAAAUGAUCGAUUAAUGUUUAGAUGUCUCAUCAAACAAUCCGAAUCCAAGUGAGUUAGAUGCAAUGGAAUUAUUUUUGUAUGUUCAUCGCCA